UGUCCCCUUUGCUGAUUUACCACUCCUUUCCUGUGGCCACCAGCGCUGCAAUGAGAGUUAUUAAAAGGUGUUAGAAAGGGGAGCACUCGGGCUGUUCUAAACUUAGAGUAACCUGAAGCAAGCCAUGAGGUAUCCCCUGGUUCCCCUGGUGAACGAGCUGACCUUUCCUCUGCUUUUCUUCUGGUUCUGCUUGCCCUUUGUCAUGCUGCUGAUCAUCGCCAUUAUCUGGCUACAGCUGCUGCUUAAUGAAGCACAGAUGCCCAGCGCAGAAAAGACUGAGAAAGAAUCUCCUGAUGAGCCUGAAUCUGACUCUGAAGAUGAACUAACAGAGGAAGAAAACCAGAGUGACGCAUCCAGUACAGAGAUGCAAGAGGAGUCACAAUCCAGUGGAGCUGUGGGAAGACUGAGGCCCAAGCCUGCUUAUCUGAGCUCGAAUCCUAAAAGCCAAAAUCUUCUUGCUGUGACCUCCAACAGCUGGUCCCAGAGGCAGAAGAUAAGAUAUUCCCGUGCUGAAAAGAGCAUUUUCUACAACAUCCUGAUGCUGCUGUGCUCCUUUCUUUCUUCUCUCACCUGGAAUUUUGUCUGCCUGCUGCUCCAGACCUUUAACAUCCUGAGGACUCUGCUGCUGCCAUCCUACCUGGUUACCUACGUGGCUCAGCUGUCCACCCUGCUGGGUGAGAGAGCUGGCAAAAUCCUGGGCUCCCUGAGUCUGGAGAGCAGAGGAUUGCUGCUUUCAGUCCUGGGGAGGAAACUGCAGCUGAGCCAGGCUCAGAGAACCACCUCAGGGUGAAAACAAAGGGGGGUCCCAUGGCAAUCCAGUUCAGCAUUGGUGACAGCCACUGCAGCAUGGCAGAGGGAGGAGAAUUUUCUGAAAGAGAAACCCACUCCACACUAAGCACCUACUCAGCUCACCACAGCUGCUUUCAGAGUGUUGACUGCCUAAAUGUGAAAUGGAUGACAGCUGCCAAUUUCUUGAGGGAUAAGCUCCUUUUUUUACAAGGACUGAGCACUCCACCAGCACCAGUAGUAGUUUCUGCUCACCAAUACUAAUCUUUGAUUUCAAAUAAAUAAGAUCAAGGCAA